UCAGUCUCUCGUCGCCUUUGGUCCCGCGAGGUGCCUCCGUCCUGCCUCUCCAUCCCUCUCGCUCACUGGCCAGACACUCCCUCCCUGGGUACCUCGCCCUUUCCCUAGCGCCCUCCCUUCUCCCUUUAUCCCUCGGCCGAGCGCCCUGCCCCGGAGCUAAGGUAUCACACGACCGGCGUUGCGCGGGGGACGAUGAUAACGCGCAUGACCUCAUAUUGACACAAUCGCAUGACAAGGGACGGUCUGAGAAGGCAUUGUCGUCACCAGGAAGGAUAACUAUUUGGCGUGGCGUUGAAGUCGCCGCCAGACACGUAACACGGCAGACGACUCGUGGCCAGUCUUUACAGAUUAUGUGACACGAAUUCCUGCACGCACACUUCCAGACAAUACAAAACAAUAGCUGUUCUAGUGUGUUUUUGUUGUCAUUUUUUUGUUUCUUUCGUGCCCAGAAAACUUUUUUAUUCUAAUUAAGGGGCAUUCUCAUAGUAAGAACACCAAAACCAGAUAAAUAGCCCCUGAGGUUAUAUACAUAUUUCACUGAAAAAAACUGCGUAAGAUUAGACGAAAAGGAAAACCAUAAUAAAUAUACAAAAGAUACAACCACUUAUCCUUGUACAAACAAAAGAGACACCACCAACAAUCAACACAAGUGCUCCCGAAUCCUCCCGAAACAGACUAUGUAAAGAAUCGAACCCUUUCCCUCGUUAUUCCAACCCCCCACUGACAUCCUCUCCACACCACAGCGUCUGAGGAUGUGGCCCUGUGACCUUAUUCCCAACUUGGCACUCAUCUGGCCGACAGAGUGGCACUUAAGCGUCACGGAGUUGCUUCUGGCCACGGUGCUAUGCCUGCUCUCCUGCCUGACCAUUUGCCGCGCCCGCCAUUUUUACCUCUGGCGCCGACAUGGAAUUCCUGGUCCUCCGCCAUCUCUCAUUUUUGGAAACCUUCUUCAACUUCGUACACGGGAUAAGGACGUCCUUGGAGUACAGACGGAGUGGCUGCAGAAGUACGGAAAAGUGUGUGGAUACUACAUCGGUUACCGCCCUACGCUGAUGGUGGCUGACCUGGGAAUCCUAAGUCAAAUUCUCAUAAAGGAUUUUCCUGCCUUCGCUAACAGGGCUCGCCAUCACCUAGCCACCAAACCCUACUGCGACAUGCUCGUGGACAAGAGAGAUCAAGAAUGGAAGAUGCUGAGGACCCUUAUUAAUCCGGUAUUUUCGCUCGCCAAACUCAAGCAGAUGCUUCCACUAAUGCAAAAUUGCGUCGACGACUUGCUGGGCGUCGUGUCCGAUUACGUGGAUAGUGGCCAUGACUUCGACAUCUUUAGCCUAUCGCAAGGAUUUACUCUUGACGUAAUCGGACGAUGCGCUCUGGCCAUGCGAAUCGACUGCCAAAGAAAUCAGCAGGACCCUCUUCUCCAGCUGAUUCGCCGUUUUUUCAAAUUCGCGAUCUCUCCCCUCGUCAUUAUGGCUAUGGUGGCGCCGGCUUUGGCUCCGUGGCUCAGGUGUUUCAGGGGGACCACGACUUCGGCGCUGGUCGAAGCCAGGGUCAUCUCCAAUCUGAACGAAGUCAUUUGUCGCCGGAGGAAGACGCCGGGGAACAGCGUCGACUUCCUCCAGCUGCUGAUCGACGCAUCUGGCGAAGGCGUCGACGAGAACUCCCGCCUGGAGAUGCUGGACCCCUCGUCGUAUCCUCCGGCGCAGGAGUCGUGGCCGCCCGGAACGACCUCUUCCUCCCUUCCUCCGUCGAGUCGUUCAUCUCUCCCGACGAAGGACGACCACAACUGCAUGGUUGAUACGUGUUGCCGCUUAACGAAGGGGAGGACCUGGAACCUACCUGGGGAAAGGACUUCUGAAGGAGGCGCGGGAGACGUUAGGAGUCUUGGCGGAGGAGGAGGAGGAGGAGGAGGAGAAGGAGGAGGAGUAGGAGUAGGAGGAGGAGGAGAUAUUUCCCGUGGGAACGAUACCAAAGUCUCAGUUCCGGGCGACGAUAUCAGUGGCGAUAACACGACUAACAUCAUCACCGCUGGCAAAAGUCGUCGUGGAAGUAACGAAGACAGGAUGAGUCGUUCGAGAAGUCAGGAACGACCGAAUAGCAGCAGUAGCAUUGGGAGCAGCGAAGACAAGCCAAGUCGUUCCCGAAGCCAGGAACGACCACCAACCGGAACGAACACCAACGACACUAACGAAAAACCACCGAGUCGUCCCCAGAGCCACGAACGACCACCACGCAAAACGAACACCAACGACACUAACGAAAAACCACCGAUUCGUACCUCACCUCAGGAACGACCACACCUCACCGACGACGAGGUAGUGGCCAAUGCCUACAUGUUCGUCCUCGCGGGUUACGAAACGACCGCCAACGCCAUCGCUUUUACCUCGUACACCUUGGCCAGGUAUCCGCAGUGGCAGGAACUCUGUGUCGAGGAGCUACGGAAGGUGAUGGACGGACAGGAACAGAACGAGUUAACGUACGAGCAAGUGAGCUGCUUGCACGUGUUGGAACGAGUCUUUCAAGAAACCCUACGCAUUUACCCGCCGGUCCCCUCCUUCGUGACCCGGGAGGCAGGGCUGACCCGAGAGGUGGGCGGGGUCACCAUUCCUUCCGGGGUCAACGUUACCGUCCCCGUCUGGCACAUUCAUCAUGACCCCGCCCUCUGGCCUGACCCCGAGAAGUUUGACCCCGAUAGAUUCCUGCCGGAGAUGAAGAAAGGGCGCCCCUCCCUGGCAUGGAUGCCCUUCGGAGCGGGUCCCAGGAACUGCAUCGGUAUCCGCUUCGCCCGUCUCGAGGCAAAGUUGGCACUGGCAACACUGCUCAGGGAUUACGUCAUCGAGUUGGCACCCUGCGUUAAGGACCCUUUGCCCGUCGGCGUACAAACUGUGACGCUGUGUCCUACCGAAGGAGUAUGGCUGAGGGCGAGAAGGAGAACGCAGAAGGAAUAGAUCCUAUAAAAGUACUAUGUACGCAAUGAGGAUAUCAUCUGUGAACUAAAUGAAAUAAGUUGAUAUACAAUACAUAUAUUUCUAAAAGUUACUCCCUAAACAAAUUACGUUUUUUGUGCUUACACUUCAAAGAAAAUGGUCAUACCAGUACUUUAGGGGUAACAAUACUAUCUUGGUAUGAGACAUAAAAAAUGGACAAAUAGUAAGUUUGGGACAAUAUGUAAUAUAAGGUAGUGGCAGAGUUGGGUUAUAAAACUGACAUGAAAUGAUAGAACAGUACAUACCAAACAAAGUUCUUCUAUGGCAAUAUGUGUGCAAAUGCUUGCCAAGGGUGCCAUACGUAAAACAAAAGAAAAGAUCUCCCAAUUUUGGCCAAGUCGCUCACCUUCUUUACAUUGCGAGGGUGAAUUCUAGAUGCAUAUACUACCACAGGGGUAGUAUAUGGGGCUAGGUGCAUAUACUACCACGGGGGUCCAGGUGGUGUAGCCCCCGGCUAGGCGUAUAUAUUACCACAGGGGGCCAUGGGGCAGAGCCUCUUGAUUAGGGACAAUAUACCACGAUGUUCGGUUAGGUUGGAUGUUGGGUUAGGACGUUUUGUUUAACAACCACGGGGGUCUGUUUUACCCCAUAAUUUCCCUGAUAUACUUUAUGUCCUCCCCUACUAUUGGGACUAUCAAAUCAAGAUUGUCGAUGGAGAUGGUGAUCAUAACUCCUCAACAAUUCAUUUGCACAAGGAACAAUGCCUAGAAUAUAUAUAUAUAUAUAUAUAUAUAU